AUGCUCUCACGUGUUGCUGCAGUGAAGGCACCCCGCACACACAACCGUCGCCGCGUGACCGGAUCCAGCGGAAGGAGGAGGGAAGGAAGAGAGAGUGAGCCGCAGAGGCCCCACAUGUUCCGGCAUCUCUUCUAUUCCGUGGUGCUGCUCUUCUGCGUCGUCGUGAUGUGCUGCGCCUCCGAAGAUGCACACGCAGAGGAAAGUAAUCCAGUGACUGCUCCAACGUUUGCAUGGAAAGGCAUCACUGAUGAAAAUGAUGUAACGGUGAAAUCGUUAGGCGUUCCCGGCCUUUUGAAAGUGGGAAAUGAUGUAUUUGCCGUUGCCGAGGCUCAUUGCAAGAAAAACGGUGAAGACAUCAUCUUUACUGGCAUUGCGUCCGAAUUUCUUGCGGAAACGAAGGAUGUUGAACAGAAGGAAAUUAUGAAGGAUGUCAAAACGAAGACACAAUUUUUGGAGAAAGAAGAUUCUGAAGAGAAGAAAGUGAACGUGAGCCGGCCAACAGUAGUCGUUGAGGAAAAUGAUAUUUACAUAAUGGCUGGGACUUACAGCUCGAACCCUGCUGAUAGUUGUCAGGAUGGGGCUGACGUGGCUCCUUCGGGACUUCUGCUGGUAAAGGGGCAAGUCAGUGAUGAAGAAAGCAAAAAAAUUGACUGGAACGAUACUCACGCUCUACCGUGCACUUUUUUAAACCAAGAACACAAAUCCUGGACGCAGCUGACUGGCGGCGGUGGAUCGGGUGUUAAGAUGGAGGACGGUACGCUUGUGUUCCCUGUGGAAGCCACGAAGAAGAAGACGAACCAGGGUGAUGGCAACGAAAAGAAUGGAAAGACUGUCUCGCUGAUCAUAUACUCGAAGAAUACUAAAUUUUGGAAGCUGUCGGAAGGGAUGUCUGCCGAUGGCUGCAGUGAUCCCUCCGUCGUGGAGUGGGAGAAGGACAAACUCAUGAUGAUGACUGCGUGUGAUGGUGGCCGCCGCAGGGUGUACGAGUCCGGUGACAAGGGGGAUUCGUGGACGGAGGCACUCGGGACACUCUCGCGCGUGUGGGGCAACAAAAAGGGUGAAAAGGUUGAAAUCGUUGGGAGCGGGUUCAUCACAGCGACGAUUGAUAAGAAAAAAGUGAUGCUCGUCACUCUGCCGGUGUAUUCGAGUAAUGACGAAGUUAAUCGAAAGGGUGAACUCCAUCUUUGGCUGACGGACAACACGCACAUUGUUGAUAUUGGGUCGGUAUCCGGAGAGAAAGAAGACGUUUCCGCCAGCUCCCUGUUGUACAAAAGUGGUGAAAGUGGAGAUGAUAAUAAUGAGCAGGGGGAGGAGUUGAUUGCACUGUACGAGAGGGAGAAUGGCAAUGAAGAAUCAUCUUACGGUAUGUUUACUGUGCGUCUGACUGCGCAGCUGGAGAAGGUGAAGGAUGUGCUGAAAACGUGGAAGGAAGUGGACGAACGUGUCUCCCAGCUGUGCCCUACUUCAACUGCUGCGGAGGAUGCCUCACCUGACACUGCCUGCAGCGAUGGUAAGAUCACGGAUGGGCUGGUUGGCUUUUUGUCCGGCAACUUCUCUGGUAACACAUGGAGGGACGAGUACCUCGGCGUGAACGCCAUAGUAAAUAAUAAAGGUGUGGCGAAGAAGGCGGAUAACGGCGUGCAGUUCACGGGGCGUGGAGCGUGGGCGCAGUGGCCUGUUGGCAAGCAGGGGGAGAAUCAGUUGUACCACUUUGCGAACUACAACUUCACUCUUGUGGCGACGGUGUCCGUCCACGGUGAGCCGACGGAGGGUACUAUUCCAUUGAUGGGUGUGAAGAUGGAUGGCGAUGAAGAAGGAUCCAAACUUAUGGAGCUGUCAUACGACAGCGGAAAGAAGUGGAAAUUGCUUUGUAGUGGCAAGACAACUACGGAGCACAGCAGCACUUUGGGGACAGAGACAACUCAACACGUGGUAAUUAUGCGACGGAACGGCAACCAGAGCUCCGCGUACGUCAAUGGUAAGCGUCUGGGUGGGAAUGAACAAUGUAAAUUGGAAACUACGGAUUCGAAAGAGAUAUCGCACUUCUACAUUGUAGGAGAUAGAGGCAGCGCAGACGAUACAAGAAGCCAAGAAGAAUUGCCCGUGACUGUGUCGAACGUCCUGCUGUACAACCGUCCGUUGAGUGACACAGAGAUUGCAGGGCUUGCCAAAAAUACAAUUACUAUUCCGAAGCCGGAGGUUUUGAAGACAUCGGGGGAAGACAGUCGCUCAACAACGGUAAGUGGAUCAGAUGUGGAGGAAGCCGUCACCCAGUCUAAUUUAGGCGGACCACAGCGGAUGCAACACGAACCGUUGAAGGCUAAUGUUGGUGGUGACGGUGUAUCCAGUGCAGCUUUCGUUGCUACGACUCCCUCGUCUGAUGUUGCUCAAGCGGUGACGACAGGGAGUGAAGAUACGAUGCGGGGAAAUGGAUCACCCCAAACUCCUGAGUCGAGCACGAGCUCUGGUGAGGAUGGGGAGACGGCGGGAGGAACGGAUGGGCAGGAGGAAGAGGUCCAUCCACAGGUCGGGGAAGUGAAUGCCACGGCGCUCAGCAGCAGCCUCGGAAAUGUGUCGCAGGGGAAUAACAGCGAUGCCGGCGCUUUGCGUGAGACCAGACUGCUGCCAUCGCUGCUCCUUCUGUUGGGACUGUGGGGGUUUGCAGCUCAGUGA